AUGGCACAGCCACCAGCCCCUACCACUUCCUCCGCCUCCGACGAUGCCUCAGUGCCGUCGUCAAUUCAGCACUACGCCAUGCGGCUGCCGCCCUUCUGGAGCCACAAUCCGGGCGUAUGGUUCCUACAGGAGGAAUGUCAGUUCGCUCUCGGGGGCAUAACAUCACAGCUGACCAAAUUUCGCCAUGUGGUGAGCACACUGCCGCAAGACGUUGCCGCCCAAGUGGUCGACAUCCUUUCCGCUCCAUCCGCAGCCAACCAGUACGACGCGCUCAAGACCGCUGUCCUCGAGCGAACCACGGCUUCGGAACGCAAGCGCUUCCAAGAGCUCCUGUCUUCCGAAGAUCUUGGCGACCGCCGUCCAUCUGAACUAUUGCGACACAUGCAGGGGCUGCUUGGCGAGCGAGCCUUCUCCUUCGAUGCCAGCCUCCUCAAACAACUCUUCCUGCAGCGCUUACCAAGAACCGUGCAGAUGAUCCUAGCGUCUGCGUCGACUCUGCCAUUGCAAGCGCUUGCGGAUCUUGCAGACAAGAUGAUGGAGGUUUCCAAUCCGUCCAUGUCAGCCAUGCCCGCCGUACCGCCCUUGCCUUCAGCUGUUUCCCACGCGGCGUCUUCACCAUCCGCCCACGUCCGGCUAACUUCUCCGCCUGACGGCUCCAUCGCCCAGUUGCGCGAAGAUUUUGGACGCCUCUCCGCCAUGGCGUCGCCGAUGCGAUCGUCCGCGCUCCGCGUCCCGCUCCCCCAGUCGACGCCGUUCACCUCGUCGGCCUCUGCAAGACGAGUCCAUCGGCCCUUGCUGGUACCACCAGCGGUACGGCUGCGAGGCCCGUCGGUGCACGCGACCAUCUACUUGGACGGAAAACUUGCCCAGAGACCGUUAGCGGCUUCGACUGUCUCCACCACGCCUAGCAGCCGACUAUUCUACGUUGUUGACCGGCCCUCAAAGACUCGCUUCCUCGUUGACACCGGCGCCGAAGUGAGCGUGAUCCCCGCUUCAGGAAGUGACAAGGGUCGUCCAGCCAUGUUCCAUCUUACGGCUGUCAACAACACCGGCAUUCCCGUCUUCCGACAGCUAUCUGCCACCCUCGAUCUGGGCCUUUGCAGAACGUUCCUCUGGCUUUUCCUUGUGUCCGGUGUCCGCCAGGCCAUCCUGGGCGCCGACUUCUUACACCAUUUCGGCUUAUCUGUGGACGUCGCUCGCAAGCGCCUGAUAGAUACCUCCACCCAUCUGUCAGUUCAGGCCCGCUCCGUUCAUUCUGCGAGACCUCUCAGCGGCAUCUCCAUUUCUGCCCUCCACUCGCAAUACGCUGCCGUCCUCAAGGACUUCCCAAGUCUCACGUAA